CAUUGUAAAAUAGAAAGGAGUUACAGAAGGCGUUCUGAAGGAGUUAAAGGGCCGGGUGACGUCACGGGGUACGUACGGAUGACGCCCGGCUACAACAAUGGCUGCAUAGAGAGAGGUAUGGCAUUGCACAUCCUACUGUCAUGGCACAGUCCGAUCACUGUCAGCACUUGCUUGAUAAAUUAAACAAACAAAGAGAGGCUGGCUUCCUAUGUGACUGCACCAUUCUGAUUGACGACUUCCAAUAUAAAGCACACAGAAAUGUGUUGGCUUCAUUUAGUGAAUAUUUCAAGGCCUUAUUCCAGAACACUUUGGACUCUACUGUACUUUUGGAUCAGAAGUUAGUGACACCAGCUGGAUUCCAGACAAUGCUGGAUUUUAUUUAUAGCGGUGACUUACACUUCAAUAGAUGUACCAUAGAAGAAGUAUGUAAAGCUGCUGAAUAUUUGAGGGUGGAUGAAGUUGUUUCAAGAUGCAUACCUAAAAUAGACUCCGCUAUGGUGGUGACAGCCUGUGUUACUGAGGUACCCCUAGCUAAGGACUUCCAAGGUACACAUGAAGACUGUUCUGUCCAUCACCCAUGUAGCACACGCAAUACAGAUAAAACAGAAGCUAUAUGUUUAACCAAAAAAGCUGCAAAUAAGAAAUCUCUUAGGAGCAAUAAAUGGAAACGGACCAUGCUUUCUCAUAAACGGUGCCUGAAAAAGGUUUCUGAGCAGCAGAAUCCAAUCACCAACCCUGUUCUCCGUAUGGAGGCAGGUCAGGUGCAUGAAACCUUGGCUGAACAUCUCUCCCAGGUUAAGGAUAAUUGCCUCCUAUCUUAUACAAAUGCACUGAACUGUGAAAACCUUCUAAAGGAAGAUGGUGUGGUGCAGCCAUCAGUUGGGAAGAAAAAACACAUCAAGUCAAAUCUACACGCCACUUUGAAAGAACAUUGCAUGAGUAAUAUUAGAGGAGAAGCUGCCAUCUGCAAAAUGGAAGGCACAGCGCAGGACGUUGAACAGAAAUACUACAAAAAUAAGCCUACAUGUAGUAUAUGUUGUAAAGUUUUCUCAGAAGGCAGCAGCCUCCGGCGUCACAUGCGGAUUCAUAAAGGUGUGAAGCCAUAUGUAUGCCAUUUAUGUGGAAAAGCUUUUACUCAGUGUAACCAGCUGAAAACACAUGUACGGACUCAUACAGGAGAAAAGCCAUACCAAUGCAAACUCUGCGAUAAAGGAUUUGCCCAGAAAUGCCAGUUGAUCUUUCACAGACGAAUGCAUCACGGAGAGGAGAAACCAUACAAAUGUGAUAUGUGCAAUCUACAGUUCGCAACUUCAAGCAAUCUGAAGAUUCAUGCUAGAAAACACAGUGGAGAAAAGCCAUAUGUCUGUGACCGAUGUGGUCAGAGGUUUGCACAGGCCAGUACCCUGACAUACCAUGUCCGCCGUCAUACAGGAGAAAAGCCAUAUGUCUGCGACACAUGUGGGAAAGCAUUUGCUGUAUCAAGUUCUCUAAUUACUCAUGCAAGAAAACACACAGGGGAAAAACCUUACAUCUGUGGAGUCUGUGGGAAGAGCUUCAUUUCUUCGGGAGAACUUAAUAAACAUUUCCGGUCUCAUACAGGAGAGAGGCCAUUUGUCUGUGAAGUUUGUGGAAAUUCUUACACAGAUGUGAAAAACUUGAAGAAACAUAAGCUGAAAGCGCACAGUGGAAAUGAAGAUGGAAAUGAAUCGGAAACCAUUGAUGGUACAGUCAGCAAUGAGGACUCAGCUAAGAAAAGCCCAGUGCCAGACACUCUUGAUCUGAAGCCGUCUGAGCUGUUUUUACCACUCACACUACACAUUGGUCCAGAAGACCAUCAGAUGCUGCUGCCUCUGACAGAUACUCAGAGUCUUUCUUCAGAGUCUUUAUUAAGGACAUCUGUGACUAAUUAUACAGAGCCACAGUUUAUAUUUUUACAGCAAAUGUACUGAAAAAUUGCAGUGCAAUAUUAUUUAUUAUUGUUUCAUCACAGUGAAUAACAAGAAAAAAAUACAUUUUAGCAGAUAUUUCUUUUCGCUGCUGUUAUCAGUAACAAUGUUUAUUUCUGUGUCCCUGCUGUCUAGGAACACUCAGUUUAAAUGAGACUGUCAGUCCUAAAGUCAGUUGCUUGUUGUUUUUAGAUCCAAAGCGGGGAAAAAAAUCAUGUAACAUAAAUUAACACCUGUAGCAGUAAAGGGUCCGCAUAUCUAUGCAUUGUGGUAUCAUGUGGCAAUGCAGCACACACUUGUCAGUGCAAUCUAGUGCCCUCAGUUUUUAAUAGAUACCCAAUGCACAAACACACUUGUGUUGCAAUGCACUGCAACUAGAUAUAAUAACGUGCGUUGAAGUGCACAUUGCGUUACAUAAUAUAGUGCAGGUCAAAUUUUCAGUCUAUUGUGUGAUGACAGCUCCAUAAAAUGAACAGUGUACUGCAAGGGACAUUUUAGGUGUCAAUGGGCCCUAAGAAAGCUUCCUGUUUUUGUGGCUUUUUAAAGAAAUAAACUUGUCAUUACACACAAACAAUUCAGCAAUAAGUGCUGCAAAAAUAGCACGUGCACCUUGCAUGACACAAAUGAUUUUUAUAUAUUUGUAAAUUUUGUCCUGAGUCUGAUAUAUGGAUUGCAGAGGUGUUGCACAAAAGCAGUUGAUCAGAUACUUUCUGUCAUGUUCUAAACAGAACAACGGCUUAUGGAGCCAGAUUGGUUACUAUGGACAAUGUCACCACUUUCCUUUAUUUCAGUUUGUAUAAAUUGGGUUUUAUAUAACUGGUUUUCUAAUAUUUAAAAUGUAUUUAAUACCAAAAAAUGUUUUUUUUUUUUGGAUAGUGCGAUAAAGGAUUAGAACUUUUUGUCAAGUUUUCCUACAGGUGGAGAGAUUCUGUGCAGGUCACGAGGGUCUGACUUAUGAAAAGAACUACACUAAAACGUAUGGAAAGCAGAGCUUUUGCCCAUAGCAGCUAUUCACAUUUUCUGUUAUAAUUUAUAACAGAAAAAAAGAAAAAUUAAAGAAGGCACGUGAUUGUG